AUGUGGAAGAAUACAAAACCGAAGCAUAUUGCUUUCCAAGCACACGAUCGACAUAUUGUGACCUGUUUACAAUUCGACGACGACAAGAUUAUAGCCGGUAGCGACAACACCAAAAUCAACGUGUAUGACACCAAGACCGGGGCGCUUCGAGCAAGACUGGAAGGCCACAAAGGUGGCGUAUGGGGACUUGAAUACCAUGACAAUACUCUGGUCUCUGUGUCGACAGAUUGCACCAUCCGAGUAUGGGAUAUUGCGAGAGCCAAGUGCACCCACGUGUUGAAAGGUCACACAUCCACAGUACGGAACUUACAGAUGUUAUUCCCAGUUCAAAUCGGCGAGCAUCCAGACGGUACACCGGAAAUGAUGCCCGAACAACCUCUAAUCAUUUCGGGAUCACGCGAUUCGACCCUGCGGGUUUGGAAUCUACCUCAACCUGGCGACAAGGAGUAUUUCACUCCUGCUGAAAGCGACGAGGAAUGUCCAUAUCUGGUCCGUGUAUUGACUGGUCACCAACAUUCCGUGCGAGCAAUCGCAGCCUACGGGGAUACUCUGGUUAGCGGUAGCUACGAUAGUACCGUACGAGUUUGGAAAAUAUCCACUGGAGAAUCACUACACCGGCUAGAAGGUCAUACAACCAAGGUUUAUAACGUGUUGUUGGAUCAUAAGAGGAACCGCUGUAUCAGUGGAUCAAUGGACCACAUGGUCAAGAUCUGGUGUCUUGAAACAGGUGCUUUGUUGUAUAAUCUUGAAGGUCACACGUCAUUAGUUGGCCUACUGUAUUUGAAAGACGAUAUGCUCGUGUCGGCGGCUGCAGACUCUACCCUAAGAAUCUGGAACCCUGAGAAUGGCCAUUGUCAAAACGUGCUAAACGGCCAUAACGGAGCGAUCACAACCUUCCAGCACGAUGGUGAAAAGGUAAUCUCCGGUUCUGAUGGCGAUGUGAAGAUGUGGGAUACACGAACUGGUGUGUUUGAAAGGGACCUCCUCACCGACAUCAGCGGUGUCUGGAUUCUCCGGAUCGAUACCCAGCGUUGCAUUGCAGCAGUUCAUCGUGAGGGCCAGAGUUUCAUUGAGGUUCUCGACUUCGGCGCAUCCCCUGACACCAUACCAUCUGACCAACUGGGGAAGCGGGUUUUUGUUGAUGAGCUAGGUAAUGAGAUCGAAGGCCCGAACGAAGAUGUUGAUCUGAGUGAUUGA